GUCUUUAUAAAUCAGAUAAAAUGACUAUAAUUAAAAGUGUAUCUUAACAAUGAUGUUGUUAUUUCACUUGGCGGUUGAAUUGUAAGUGAUUUCAGACUAUUACGACUUUGUAAUUAUGUUUUUAUGAGUUUAUCUUUUACGAGUUUUAUGAGUUUUCUUUGUAAUUAUGUUUUUAUGAGUUUUUCGUGGUUUAAAAACUGUAUACAAAGAGUUCUUGUUUUUAUUUGCAAUCAUAUAAAUGACAAUUCUAAUAAUUAUAUUAAAUUAACUAUGACUACUUCAAAAAACACAAGACUUUCUAUGGAAACAAAGUUAUCAACAUAUUUAGUCAGAAGUAAGGAUCUUAUUCCGUCAGAAGUGCCAACUUUAAGAGAUAUUUUGAAAAAAGGUCUGCUUAUCCAAGAAGCUCUACUUCAAGAAGAUGUUAACAGAAGGAAUAUUUGAUUGAGAGACCUUUCUUGACUACUAUCUGAUAUCGUUUUUCAGCAGUUGAUGAAAGCAAAUGCUCUUUUUAAACCUCCAAUGGUUAUUAAAAAAAAAAUUUGAUGGAGAAAAUUGAGUUUUCCUGGAACAAGAUCAAAGAUAUAGCACAUGGGAAAGCUUCUCAGACAUGCAUGUCUUUUUGGGAAUCAAAACUGGAUGAAUUGCUAGAUAUAACAUGUUGCAAGUGUGAAAUUAUGUUAUGUAAUGAGUUGUGUUUGAAAACUUAUUCUUGCGUUGAACAAGUACAUAUUAAAUGAACUUGUGUAAAAAAGAAAAAAAUUCCAAAGGUUGAAUUUCCAUGGCUUAAUGCCCAAAGGAAAAAAAAAGGAUCUAUUU